UUUGUGGAUGGAAGAAGAGAGCACUUCUGAUGACCCUCUAACUCUAAUUAAGCCAACAACUUCAUUCAAUUCCUUCUCACAAAAAUUAUCUUCUUCCCCCCUAUCAGAAAAUACACCAGACUUUAAUAAUUUGAUUGACGAAUUUGUUGAUUUAAGCGAGUGGGGUGCUUUGAGUGAUGGCGAUUUGUGUAUGAGCAGGCAACUGGCUGCUACAAUAGGGCAGGAAGGAGGAGAUGGGAGGGAGGAUGAAGCUAAUUUAGGAAGAAAAGAAGAGGAGAUGAAUAUUGAGGAGAAAAAAGAAGAAAAGGAAGAAAAUGAAGAAAUUGAGGAAGAGGAUGAGUUUGAGGAAGAGGAGGUUGAAUUUAGUGAGAUUAAUCAUGUUGUCAAGCCUAAUGGAAAUUUAAACAAUUCUGUGGGUGAAUGGCACCAGUUUACUGAACAAAACAUUAAAUACGAGAACAACAAUAAUAUUAAUGGGAAUUAUUUAAAUAAUGGAAACAACAACAUUGUUAGAGAUAGGGAAGAAAGCGAGUUCGUCUAUCAAUAUAACAACCCUCAAAACGAAGCAUCUUCAUCUUCACCUGGUUCAUUUCUUCAAGUUUCAGACCAUUCCCCGUUAGCUCCUCCACCUCCUCCCAUUGUUAUUUCACCCCAGGAAGUUGACAAUUUAACUAUAACGUUGGAAAAGAAUCAGCAAUGUGCAUGUUCUGAAUGUGGGAAGCUGUUCAACUCUGUUUGGUACUUAAAACAGACCUAUAAAUUUCGUUCAAAUCUGUACCAACACAAAUGCCCCGAACGGAAUCGUCUUUUAGUUGCCGGCGAGUUCAAUAUGAUUGGACAUCCAUACCGGCGUCGAGCAUAUACUAGAUCAGCCGACAAGAAAAAAUUGAAAGAGCAUAAAAUACAAAUGUUGCAAAAUCAGAAACAACAAUUUAAUAAUGAUAAGCAACUUAAUGGGGGUAAAUAA